GAAAGAUAAAAAGCAAAGAAAAGAAACUUUCAAAUUUUCAUUAUCUUUUUCUUUCUCUUCCUUAAUAAGAUUUGAUUGAUUAUUGAUUCUUCCCAAGCGAAGCAAAGCAGAAUAAGUGCAGACUCAGAACUGGGGAAAGAACAAAAAUCCUACAUUUUUUGAUUUUUUUUAACAAAAAAAAAUGGAGGAUGAAGUAGUACAAAGAGUAUUUCAAGAAGGAGGACGAGACUAUUUCCAUCAACAACCUUCAACUUCCACUUCUUCUUCUUCUCUUCUUCUUCUUCUUCAAUCUCUUCCUCUCCAUGUGUCAUUUGAUCAUGGCUAUUAUUUGCUUGUCAAAUCCAUACAAGAACUCAGAGAGCAAAAGGAGGGUUUUGUCACAGUAGGCAUUGGUGGUCCCAGUGGAUCAGGAAAAACAAGCUUAGCAGAGAAGGUAGCAUCUGUUAUCGGCUGCACUGUUAUACUAAUGGAGAACUAUCGUGAUGGAGUUGAUGAAGGGAAUGAUUUGGAUUCAAUAGAUUUUGAUGCAUUAAUAAAAAAUCUUGAGGAUCUGACAAAAGGGAAAGAUACUAUGAUACCAGUGUUUGAUUUUCAACAAAAGAAACGUGUUGGUUCCAAAGCUAUAAAAAGUACUACGUCCGGUGUGGUAAUAGUUGAUGGUACUUAUGCUCUGCAUGCAAAAUUGCGCUCUCUGCUUGAUAUCCGAGUUGCAGUGGUUGGUGGUGUUCAUUUUAGUCUUCUUUCCAAAGUUCGAUAUGAUAUAGGAGAUUCUUGCUCCCUGGAUUACCUUAUUGAUAGCAUUUUCCCUUUGUUUAGAAAGCACAUUGAGCCUGACCUUCAUCAUGCACAGAUUAGAAUUAACAACAGCUUUGUAUCAUCAUUUAGAGAAGCAAUCUACAAGCUGAAAUGCAGAAGUGAGCCACCUGAUGGACAUUCUACCUCUUUCUUUGAAGAAAAUGAAGCACAAACUGAUAAUUUCAUUGAGAUGUACCUUAGGCCCCCAUCAGCUAGUGAAGAAGCACGGAUAAAUGAUUGGAUUAAGGUGCGGCAAUCUGGUAUUAGAUAUUAUCUGUCACUUGGGGAUCAGAGAAUUGUCGACAAAAAUUUCAUCAUCAGACCAAAAGCUGAAUUUGAGGUUGGAAGGAUGACACUAGGUGGACUGCUGUAUUUGGGCUACAAUGUUGUAGUCAGUUUCAAAAGGGCAUCAAAAGCAGUUAGCAUUGGCAGUCUUUCCCUGUCAUUUGAAACAAUUGAUACUCUUGAAGAAACCUUCUUGGUGCUAAGGGGCACAGAUAGGAAAACAGUUGGAGCAGAAGUGUUGAGGAUGGGUAUUACUGGACAAUGGCUCACUAAGUCAUAUCUGGAAAUGAUUCUUGAAAGAAAAGGUGUACCUCGCCUCAAUACUCCUCUGCUUGUUUCUACUACAUUCGUGUCUAGUAAUCAAGAAAAAGUGAUUGCAGCACCAAAGCCUAUCUGUACCACUCCAAACCUUGUUACCCGGCUUGAGAAUAUAUCUCAGCCUUGGACUCGAUCUCCGACAAAAUCUAAAAUGGAACCUGUAUUACCAACAUGGCAUUUUACUUCAUCAGAUCUUUCACAUGGCGGUUCUGUUAUAGAUUCUUCUGCUUUCAGGGAUACGAUGAAACUUGCCCCAAUGCCUGAUUCUUAUGACUUGGAUCGGGGCUUGCUUCUUGCUGUUCAAGGAAUACAGUUUUUAUUGGAGAAUAAAGGUUUUCCGGUUAUAGUUGGAAUUGGUGGUCCUAGUGGAUCUGGAAAGACUAGUUUGGCACAUAAAAUGGCAAAUAUUGUUGGUUGUGAGGUAGUUUCCCUUGAAAGCUAUUUUAAGUCAGAGCAAGUUAAGCAUUUCAAAUACGAUGACUUUAACUCUCUUGAUUUGCCUUUGCUUUCAAAGAACAUUGGUGACAUAAGGUAUGGUCGAAGGACAAAAAUGCCUGUAUUCGACAUGGAGACUGGUUCUCGUAGUGGGUUCAAGGAGCUUGAAGUAUCUGAAGAUUGUGGUGUGAUCAUUUUUGAGGGGCUUUAUGUUUUGCAUCCUGACAUCCGAAAAUCCCUUGAUUUGUGGAUUGCUCUUGUUGGAGGUGUUCAUUCACACCUGAUUUCUCAAGUUCAAAGGGACAAAAGUAGAGUGGGGUGUUUUUUGUCCCAAAAUGAGAUCAUGAUGACAGUGUUUCCAAUAUUCCAGCAGCAUGCUGAACCGCAUCUUGUUCAUGCACAUCUCAAAAUUAGAAAUGACUUUGAUCCUGCUCUUUCUCCUGAGAGUUCACUAUUUGUUUUGAAGAGUAACAAACAAGUGGCCUAUCAAGAUAUUUUAAAAAUCCUUGACUCUGCAAAGUUCUGUAGUUCUGUUCAGAAUUUCAUUGAUAUAUAUUUAAGGCUUUCUGGAACUCCUGCAAAUGGGCAGUUAGCAGAAAGUGACUGCAUACGUGUCAGAAUAUGUGAUGGAAGAUUUGCAUUACUGAUACGAGAGCCAAUAAGGGAAGGAAAUUUCAUCAUUCAGCCCAAAGUGGAUUUUGACAUUAGCAUUAGUACAGUGUCUGGCCUUCUUAACCUUGGGUAUCAAGCUGUAGCCUGUAUUGCAGCAUCUGCACUCAUCUACCAAGAUGGCGAGAUUCUCAUUGAGGUUGAUCAUCUACAAGAUGCCCCUAGCUCUUACCUACAGAUCAAAGGGGUCAAUAAAGAGGCUGUGGCUGCUGCUGGUUCCGCAUUGAAACUGGAUGGGUCAUACUCGACAAAGAGUUAUCUCCAAAUAAUUUUGGAAAGAUUACCGCUGGUGGAAAGAAGUUACAAUGGAAUUCACAUUCAUCAAGCUGCAAGAUUGCAGGAACUUGUGGAGCAUAUACGAUCCCAGGUUGGACCAAACAGGGUGGCAGUCCACCAUCAGAAUCCUCAGAGUAAGGAGGCUUCCCCAAUGGAAGGCAUAAUAGAAGACAUGCAGCCCAGGAUUAGAAGGCUUGAACGGUGGCAUACCAUCAAUACGGUGCUGUCGACGUUUUUGAUGUCUGCCCUUGUUGGUUAUUCACUUUACCAAAGAAGGCGCCAAUGACAUGGCUUUUCAGUUACUUGAAAUUGCCAAUGGCAUGGCUUCCUGCGGAUUUUCUUCCCCUUUUUGCUACAAUUAAGUCCUAGAAACCAACCAAAACUUCUUACAAAAGUCAAAAUAUCUGUCUAGCAACCAACUCACAGGGCAGCAAAUUCAGGUUUGCAAAACUUACAAUUCAAAGUUUAUAAUUGUUUUUAGUUCCUCCAUUCUCAUUUUGUAAUUACAGCAAAUUCCAUUUUCAACUUGGUGUAAAUCUUUCCAUUGCAAAUGGCAUAUUUCUUUUUUUUUUUUUAAUUAAGAUUUUUGAGUUUUGUUUGGUUCGUAUUUUUUCAAUCUAAGUUUAUCUGUGUCGAGUUUAAACAAAUUUAUAGCAAAUGAUAUAUUUUGCAUUUGCUGGCAGUAAAGUUUUUGCCAAGCGAAUAGAAGAUGUUUAUAUUAAAUGAGACUUUACAUGCGAGAAACAAAUGAUUAUUAAUGGAAAUGAACAUAUACUUCUUGUUUCUUGAGAUGAACUCCAAUUCUGUACAAAUGCCUAGAAAUGCAAAUUUCCAAGUGUCUGUACAAAAUAUAGUUCUUUAUAUCUUGUGCUGAUCCCUUAUUUAUAUAAUUCUAAGUUGGGAGUUUGCCCCUCUACUUUCGUAGAAUCUUUAAACCUAUAGACCUGUUCUAUUUUAACUAAAAAUAUAUCGCGCC